AUGACUCUUUCCAGAAACGCAAGUUUGCUGUAUGAUGCUGCUUCCAAAAAUCAAUUAGAUGAGAUCGAGGAACUGGUUACCACUGGCAUCGACCUGAACGCGUCGACCGGAAAUGAAGGCGAUCAAGGUACAGCCCUGUAUACCGCAUCAAGCAAAGGCCAUCUCGAGACAGUAAAACUCCUCCUUUCCCACGGCGCAGACCCAAAUGCUCGUGGGGGUCGAUUCGGCAACGCGCUACAAGUAGCUUCAAUCCACAACACUCCAACCCACACGGAGAUAGCAAAACUUCUCAUCUCUCAAGGCGCAGACGUUAACGCUCAAGGCGGAAGCUUUGGAAACGCGAGCAAUCUCUCAUGA